AUGUCAUCCUCACAGACACACAACAGCGCCUUACCCCUCGCGGGCAAGACGGCCCUCGUCACCGGCGCCUCCCGUGGCAUCGGCGCCGGGAUCGCCCUCGACCUGGCGCGACAGGGCGCCGCCGUAAUCCUACACUAUGCAUCCCCAUCCAGUCAACCCAAAGUCGAAGCCAUCUGUGCCGAGAUCGCCUCCCUACCCCACAAGCCCAGCACAUCCAUCUUCCGCGCCGACCUCUCCAGCCCAGACGGCGCCUCGACGCUCCUGGGCGACAUCAAAGCGCAGCAUGGCGGCGACUCCUUCAGGCUCGACAUCCUGGUCAACAACGCCGGCAUGUCCAAGCCGAUCCCGCUGUCGCAGAUAACCGCCGCCGACUACGAAGCCACGUACGGGCUCAACGUGCGGGGCCCCUUGCUGGUGACGCAGGCGGUGCUGCCGCACCUGAACCCGCGGUCGCGCAUCGUCAACGUGUCGUCUGUCGGCGCGAGGGCCGGUUACCCUUCGCUGUCGCUGUACUGCUCGUCCAAGGCAGCGCUGGAGGGGUUGACGAGGGUGUGGGCGGCGGAGCUGGGUGGCGACGGCACCACGGUCAACUGCGUGGCGCCGGGACCCGUGGAGAGCGAGAUGUUGGACUUAAUCCCGCAGGAGCUAGUCAAGUCGCAGCGGAUGCGCACGCCAGUCGAGAAGAGGACGGGGAGGGUAGAUGAGGUCGCCAGGGUCGUCACGUGGCUGUGUGGAGAGGGCGCGGGGUGGGUCUCGGGGCAGACUAUCUCGGCGAGCGGUGGUUAUGCCAUGUACUGA